AUGAACAGCAGGAACAGAUCAAUCAAGACCUUGGCCAAGGUCAAGAAGACUUCAGUCGCUCCUGAGCCUCUUUCUCCCGAGAGGGAGCCUGCCACAAGGCUUCAGAAUGGCUCACAGAACUCUUCAGCGACACUGGACAGGCAGAGAACCUCGAACGAGCGAAUCCUGUCGCGAGACAGCGGCGAGAAGGUCACGAAAGUCGCGGCACUGAAGAAGCCAAGCCGCCUGAUCAAGCGAGAGUCCACUCAAGGCGACGACGACUAUGGCGCUACGAGCCCAGCGAAGAAGAGACGGAGGUCCAGGAAAGAGAAGUCAGCCAACGAUGAAUACUACCCGGAGAAUAAUCUCGUUGACUCGCUACGGCCUGGCCUCAUUUUGGUCAUGAUUGGUCUCAAUCCGGGUCUGAAGACAGCACAGACAGGACACGCAUAUUCCCAUCACACCAACCGGUUCUGGCCAUUCCUCCACGAAAGUGGCAUAACACCCAUUCGGCAUUACCCUCCCGACACACACGCGCUACAAGAUCUGUACAGCAUCGGCAACACUAACAUAUGUGCACGGCCAUCUCGGGAUGGAAGUGCGCUGAGCAAGGAAGAGCUUCAAGAAGGCGCUGUCAUACUGGAGGAGAAGAUUCGUCACAUCAAACCCGAGGCGGUCUGCAUCGUUGGCAAAGGCGUGUGGGAGUACAUCUGGCUGGGUACAUUUCUACCUAAGGGAAAGAAGAAGAAAGAUUUUCAGUCUGCCUUCCGCUAUGGUUGGCAAGAUGAAAAUGCGUGGCUAGGCAGAAUAGAGGACGAGAACGGAGUGGUGACCUGGCCUGGCGCGAGGACAUUCGUUUCCACGACCACGAGCGCAGCGUCUACGUUUCCGAGUCGUCAGGAGAGCAUCGAGAUCUGGAAGCCAUUGGGUCAGUGGUUCACCGAACGGCGAACGAAGCGGGAGGACACAGGACAUGGUUGA